AUGCUCACGCAAGAGACACUGCAACCAGUUUCCAAGGGCUGUCCUCACAUUCCCUUCCAGUGCCUCUGGCGUGAAAGUGAUUAUAGGGAAGCAUAUAAUAAGGGCGAAGCGCCGGCGUCAAAGGAGGCGCCGGAGCUGCGCCCGCGCGAGUCUCGUCGCAGAAUGUUCGAAUGUAUAAAUAAGUGUUGGAACGGGUGCGGCGACGAUCGGCAGGGAGCGGCCCUUGGCAGUGAGCCGGAUACCUGGCCAAACGAUUAA